AUGUACUCAGCUGUGCACUUCACGGACAUGGAUGAUGUUGCUGUGGUGCCUACUGACUGGAUUUCAGACGGAAUGUAUGUGUGGCCACCAUACAAGAGCACAGCAAGGAUAACGAGAGCGGUUCGAGAGACUGAAAACCCAGGAUUAGAUUGGGAAAGCUACAGCUGUAGUAUUGAGUAUACAGCUGUAGCUUGGAUACAAGCCCUCGAGGACGCUCCUGAGCAAAGUGCAGAUGUCACAAAGCUCAGGGCUGCGUCGAUUCCCAUUGGCAGCUAUUCUUAUGAAGUUGCAAGGCAAAGAGAGAGGAGAGAAGAGGAAGUGUCGGACCUUACCACAGAUGAUGACUCAGCCAAGAAACAUUCUUAUGAAGUUGCAAGGCAAAGAGAGAGGAGAGAAGAGGAAGUGUCGGACCUUACCACAGAUGAUGACUCAGCCAAGAAACAUUCUUAUGAAGUUGCAAGGCAAAGAGAGAGGAGAGAAGAGGAAGUGUCGGACCUUACCACAGAUGAUGACUCAGCCAAGAAACAUUCUUAUGAAGUUGCAAGGCAAAGAGAGAGGAGAGAAGAGGAAGUGUCGGACCUUACCACAGAUGAUGACUCUGCCAAGAAACAUUCUUAUGAAGUUGCAAGGCAAAGAGAGAGGAGAGAAGAGGAAGUGUCGGACCUUACCACAGAUGAUGACUCUGCCAAGAAACAUUCUUAUGAAGUUGCAAGGCAAAGAGAGAAGAGAGCAGAGGAAGUGUCGGACCUUACCACAGAUGAUGACUCUGCCAAGAAACAUUCUUAUGAAGUUGCAAGGCAAAGAGAGAAGAGAGCAGAGGAAGUGUCGGACCUUACCACAGAUGAUGACUCUGCCAAGAAACAUUCUUAUGAAGUUGCAAGGCAAAGAGAGAAGAGAGCAGAGGAAGUGUCGGACCUUACCACAGAUGAUGACUCUGCCAAGAAACAUUCUUAUGAAGUUGCAAGGCAAAGAGAGAAGAGAGCAGAGGAAGUGUCGGACCUUACCACAGAUGAUGACUCUGCCAAGAAACAUUCUUAUGAAGUUGCAAGGCAAAGAGAGAGGAGAGAAGAGGAAGUGUCGGACCUUACCACAGAUGAUGACUCUGCCAAGAAACAUUCUUAUGAAGUUGCAAGGCAAAGAGAGAGGAGAGAAGAGGAAGUGUCGGACCUUACCACAGAUGAUGACUCUGCCAAGAAACAUUCUUAUGAAGUUGCAAGGCAAAGAGAGAGGAGAGAAGAGGAAGUGUCGGACCUUACCACAGAUGAUGACUCAGCCAAGAAACAUUCUUAUGAAGUUGCAAGGCAAAGAGAGAGGAGAGAAGAGGAAGUGUCGGACCUUACCACAGAUGAUGACUCUGCCAAGAAACAUUCUUAUGAAGUUGCAAGGCAAAGAGAGAAGAGAGCAGAGGAAGUGUCGGACCUUACCACAGAUGAUGACUCUGCCAAGAAACAUUCUUAUGAAGUUGCAAGGCAAAGAGAGAAGAGAGCAGAGGAAGUGUCGGACCUUACCACAGAUGAUGACUCUGCCAAGAAACAUUCUUAUGAAGUUGCAAGGCAAAGAGAGAAGAGAGCAGAGGAAGUGUCGGACCUUACCACAGAUGAUGACUCUGCCAAGAAACAUUCUUAUGAAGUUGCAAGGCAAAGAGAGAAGAGAGCAGAGGAAGUGUCGGACCUUACCACAGAUGAUGACUCUGCCAAGAAACAUUCUUAUGAAGUUGCAAGGCAAAGAGAGAGGAGAGAAGAGGAAGUGUCGGACCUUACCACAGAUGAUGACUCUGCCAAGAAACAUUCUUAUGAAGUUGCAAGGCAAAGAGAGAGGAGAGAAGAGGAAGUGUCGGACCUUACCACAGAUGAUGACUCUGCCAAGAAACAUUCUUAUGAAGUUGCAAGGCAAAGAGAGAAGAGAGCAGAGGAAGUGUCGGACCUUACCACAGAUGAUGACUCUGCCAAGAAACAUUCUUAUGAAGUUGCAAGGCAAAGAGAGAAGAGAGCAGAGGAAGUGUCGGACCUUACCACAGAUGAUGACUCUGCCAAGAAACAUUCUUAUGAAGUUGCAAGGCAAAGAGAGAAGAGAGCAGAGGAAGUGUCGGACCUUACCACAGAUGAUGACUCUGCCAAGAAACAUUCUUAUGAAGUUGCAAGGCAAAGAGAGAAGAGAGCAGAGGAAGUGUCGGACCUUACCACAGAUGAUGACUCUGCCAAGAAACGUACAAGGAAGGUUCCGCUCAGGCUCCUUUCAAGUUCAGAGGACGAAGAUAAUGCAAUCAUCGUCACCAUAAGGGUUGCUACUGUAGAGCAUUCAAUAGUCACUUACAUUAUGCAAAUACACUAUGCAGAUUCUUAUGAAGUUGCAAGGCAAAGAGAGAAGAGAGCAGAGGAAGUGUCGGACCUUACCACAGAUGAUGACUCUGCCAAGAAACGUACAAGGAAGGAGUAG